AUGGGGUACGAAGAAGUGUCAAAGGCAUAUCGCGUUUACGACAUUGAAGCGGACCAAGUGGUGAUAUCUCGCGAUGUCACAUUCGACGAAUCAACGCUUGGUUUCUCGCCGAGGCUACCACAAGAAAUUGUUGAUGACACUGCGCUGGAUAUCGAAUCGAUGAACAUCAGCGAUGAGCCUCACCCCAUGCAAUUCAAGCAAGCUGGAAAACGCAAAAGCUGUUCAAACAGUCAAGAACAAGUUCUACAACGGACACUUCUUGAGCGUCGUGGAACCGGGUUAGAAGAAGCAAGUGCCCCGGAUGACUCUGAAUCGCACCAAGCGAAGCGACGAUCAAGCGCUCGAGACAAUCUGGACGAAGAGCAAAAGGGCAGUGACGAAGAUAACGAGGAUGCUACACCUCAAGUCUUUUGGCGAGCGAGUGCCAAUGCAGUCGAAGGUACUGACUUGUCUGAGCCGACAAAGUUUGGAGAUGCUGUUGGUGGACCAGAUCAAGUGCAUUGGCGUAAGGCAAUCUGUGCCGAGUUGGACUCGAUGAAACUUCGUGGCGUGUUUCGAGCGACCAAACUGCCGUCUGGACAGCAUACCAUUGGCACCAAGUGGGUAUUCAAGAUCAAACGGAAAGCUGAUGGAUCCAUCGAGAAAUACAAGGCGCGUCUCGUGGCAAAAGGGUUCAAGCAGAAAUAUGGCAUCGACUACACGGAAACGUUUUCGCCGGUAGUCAAGUACGUGACGCUGCGCAUGGUGGUUGCAAUCACGAAGUACUUUGGCUGGACACUGGACCUACUGGACGUGGUGACAGCUUUCCUUUACGGAGAAAUGAAGGAAAAGGUAUUCUGCGCGAUCCCAGAAGGGGUCGAAGUUGAUGAAGACUUUGACUGCUUUGAACUGGUCAAGGUGACCUACGGACUAAAACAAGCAUCGCGCGCAUGGAACGAGACUUUUCAUGAGUUCGUCUGCUCCAUUGGAUUUUAA